CAAUAAUCUUCUUACGUGUAAGCAGAGGCAAGUUGGCAGUCAUGCGUGCAACACUAUUCAAUGUAAUAUACCGUAUGCUUAAAAUCCGGGUUUACGGGCCGAUUCACUUAAGGCUACUAGUGUGAAGAGAUGUCUCUGGUCGUGAAUGAAUGUUUCAAUCAAAAACGAGAUCUGUUCUAUACGUUACAGUAACGUUAUGUCGGGUACAUGUGGUACAUGAGUUCACCCGAACCAACAACGAUCGCCGAUAUUAUAUGGACAGCUUGGGAUCAUCUACAGGCAGAUUAAUUAUAGCGGAGUGUGUAUAUUUUUUAUUACAGUUACAAUGGAAAAUGUUGGGAGGACAUCGAACACAAAGAUCCCCAGGUAUUCAAGAACGGAUAUUGCCGCGAGUCUGUUCAUGGUAUUUUUCAUCUCUUCGGGAUUUUUCUUCCUGAUGUUUGAAUUCUUUUCACCUUCCUCCACGCCGAACAUCAAGCCCAAGUCACAGGUCUUUGGAUAUGGAUCUCAGAACGAGGAAGGAAAACGGACGAAAACACCGCAGCAGUCCGUCACAAACUCUAAGAACUGGAGAGUACUGUGGUACAACAUUCCUCCCUAUAUUGUAGAAAGUUUUAAGUAUGCUAAAUCUAAGAAAUGCGAGAGACACCCCAAGUGCGAGUUUUCAAUGGAUAAUAGAGAUAUUUCUAGAAGUGACGUUGUUAUAUUCACACAAAUGUACAUGCCAGGUGCCCCACCCGUCAAAAACAACAAGCAAGUAUGGAUUUUUAACUCCAUGGAAAGUCCAGCGUUCAUGGCUAGACCAUCACCAAAGUGGUAUGAUAAAUUAGACUGGUUGAUGUCUUACCGCAGGAAUUCAGACAUACAGAGAGCGUACGGGACGAUCAAGAAGCGGGACACACCCCUGGUCAAGAAUUACACAGAGGUGUUUAAGAAGAAGGAACUGUUCGGCGUGUGGAUGUCGGGGCAUUGUCCCGUGCCGUCUCGCCGAAAGGCUUACAUACAAGAGCUUAAGAAAUAUGUACCGAUCGACAUGUUCGGUUCUUGUGGAACUCGUGUUUGCAAAACCCGUUCUCCAUAUUUAAGUGAGUGUUUGCGAAACUUUUCGCGGGAUUAUAAAUUUUAUUUUGCAUUCGAAAAUAAUAUAUGCGAGGACUAUUCGACGGAAAAACUAUUCAAUUUGUAUUUUGGUAAUUUGGAUGUAAUACCAGUCAUAAACGGUCCCUCCACGGCCCCGGAGUAUUUACCCAAAGGAACAUUUCUAAGUGCUUUGGAUUUUCCCUCACCUAAGGCUUUAGCAGAGAAAUUAAAAGAAAUAGGUUCUAAUGAGGCUUUGUUUACACAAUUUCUCAGGGAAAAAGACAAAUACAUCGAUAUUGGUAUUCAUGAAGUGCUUCUAAACUCGAUGUGCAAGAUCUGUGACAUUAUGGAUCGGACAAAUGGAAAACCAGAGCGACAUAAACAGAACAUUCACCAACGAUUCUUUGCUAAAGGUGGCUGCUGAUUUUUCAUUAAAUCGUGAAUUUAAAACACAUUAGAUACAGAAGAAUAUAUAGAAAACAAUGCUAAAGAGGAGUGUGUGGCUUACACACUCCUACAUGGUGUUGACUUUAUACAAUUAUUGAAUUUUACAAUUGACAUUAGGAGAUGAAUACAAUGAUUUGAAUAUUGUACUUCUCAGGUAGCUAAAUCAUGGUGUUGACUCAAAAUAUCAAUAAUUGUUUCUUUUAUGAUUGAAUAAACCUCCUAACCGUCCACUACAGUCCACUGAGAGUACUAAUCCCCCGGAUGUUUUAACCACUGAGAGCGACAACCCCCGGAUGUUUUAACCACUGAGUACUAAACCCCGGAUGUUUUAACCACAGAGUACCAACCCCCGCAUAUUUAAAUCACUGAUUAUUUACUCAAUAUAACAGAAAUACUAACAUCUAGGUGUUACACGAUUGGCCAUGAAUGAAAUACAUAAAGUUUGAAUAAAUAUUCGGGAUGAGAAAUUAUUGCACGAGAUCGAGAAUCAUAAUAGGGAUAUAUUUGAAAUAAAGAAUGUAAAUCACGUUGUACAUGUAUAUUGUAAUGAAGUACAACUAAAAAGCAAUGGGCACUAUGAUAUAUUAUAUUUAAUUCAGCGGUUGGGUUGAACUUUCAAAUAUUGGUGAACAUGAAUUGGUACUCUUUUUCCCUAUUCGAAACGAUAACUGGUCGACCACCUUUAUCAACAGCCAGUGUGCAAGACCUAGUAGAAAGCGAUUACCAUUGGUAGAAAUGCAAGGUUUUUUUGGCUGGCAAAAAAAUCAUAAUCAUUAGUAUCGAUUUGGGAAUUCACAAGUUAUUUUUAGUCAAAUGUUAAAAAAAUAUUUUUGAUAUUCUCUUUACCUAGAGUGCACAUGGAGGUGAAUAUAAUGUCCUCUUGGCCAAAGAGAAAGUUCGGAAUUGUUUAACCAUAUAAUAAGACUGCAACCUUCACUUUUAGUUAGAGGGCUUAAAUAGGCUAUGCCUGCUGCCCGAUCCCAUUCACUUUGUGAAUAAAAUAUAGUUUAAAUUAACCUUCAGUUUCUAGAUUUGCUUAUGGGAAGUUCAUAUUCAUGUUCCACACACAGAGUACACUACAAUAGAACUUUGUCAUCAACCAUUUAAAUGAAGUUCUAAAAUCAUAAGUAUUUGAAUAUCAUUAGUUAAAUAUCAAAAAUAUAUUUUUUUUUAAAUGGAUUUUGUUCAUGUGUUAUUGGUGUCAUUUCUGCUAUAGUAUUUCCUUAUCUACUAGUACUUUUUAAAAAUCAUAUCAAUAUAUCUACAUUUCCAACGUUGUUGUUUUUUCCUUCGAUAUGUUCUAUAUAUUAUUUGUUUUGAAAUUAAAACAAUCUUAUCAUAAAA